AUGGCCCAGCAAGGGCCGUCCAGGCCAUUACGGCCCAUCGCCCCCAGGUCGUUCCCUGAUCCUCCUACACCGGGGCCACCUCCGGAGGAGGGGAAGAUCAAAAGAGCCUCCAUGGCCUGUACCGAAUGCAAACGACGUCGAACGAAGUGCAACGCUGCCGAAACGGCCGGUUCCCCGUGUUCAGAAUGCGCCCUCCACGGUCGUGAGUGUAUUGUCGACGAGUUCGCCGAUAAACGGCGAAAAAUUUCCGCCAAACGCACCGAAGAAAGUCUGAAAUUCUAUCGUGGUUUUGUGGAAGAGUUGCUCGAGGCGAUUCGAUCCGGUGAUGGUCCCAGCAUCGAGUCGAUCGUCAACAUCAUUCGGUCGGGCGCCUCGCACAAGGAAAUACACUCCGUUAUCACCCAAAUAUUGAGCCAAAAGCCCAGAGAGGAUGGGGACUUGUUGGACUUCCGCAAGAAUGCCACCCCCGAUGGCAAAAUGCCCGACAUGACCCCCGAUGGCUGGCCGUGA